AUGGAAGGAAACAUUUUUGAAACAUUAGAUGCAUAUUUUUCUGUGUAUAAAGAUUAUAUGGAUGAAUUUAAAGAUACAAGUAAAAUAUAUGAUAAUGAAUGCAAGUUUAUGCAGAUAGAAUGCAAAGAAGAUGACCAUCAUAUAAAAUAUAUAAAAGAUAAAUGUCUUAAAUGGUUUCCAUAUUUAUUUCAAAUACAUUAUAAAAGUGAACAGGAAAAAAUAAAAGGAUUACAGUAUAUGUAUUAUUGGAUAUAUAGGAAUUACACAAAUCAAGGAAUAAUAAAAGAAAACAUCAUAACUCUUUAUAAGUGUUUAAUCAAAAGAUAUAAUGACACUAGUUUUGCCCAGGUAACUGGAAAACCACCUUUACCGGAUUCUAUAAAGGGACAACAAUGGGAAAUACUCAUCGAUAUAUGUAACUUAAAUACAGCACUUAAUGAAAUAAAAAAUAUUUCAUUUGAAUCAUCUGAGAAGCAAGGAAGUUGCUAUUAUUUAAAAGAGCAUGUUGAUAAAUGUAUUGAGAACGCUGCUAAAUGUAAAUCUAAUGCUUCGCCAAAUGUCUGUAAGAUAUUUGAAAAUAUUAAAAGUGAGAUUAAUCAAAGAAUGUCAGAAAAAGGUUGUUAUAAUAUUAAUAACAAAAUAUUUCCUUUACUCAAUUCUCAAAAUCAAUCGUUCGAUUCAUCCAGAACUAAUAAUUCAGGUAUUAUUAUAAUUUCAACAGUUUUAACAUUAUUAACUCCUAUGCUGGUAUUUAUUCUGUAUAAGGUUAAUUAUGAU